AUGGGCACCACCACGGCUCCGAACAGACGGAAGUUUGCAGUCAUAUUCGUUCUCGGAGCUCCCGGCUCGGGGAAAGGCACGAUCUGCACCCAUCUGUCCCGCAAGAAUGACCUGUUACACUUCUCAGUGGGAGAUAAUCUGCGGACCUGGAUGAAGGAUGAAGCAAACCGCCAGACGCCUCUCGCCGCUGUGAUUCAAGAUAAGCUAGACAACCAAGGAUUCCUCACGUCCACGGAGUUGAACCCAUUCCUGGGCAUUGCCAUCGAGGAUGCAGUGCGGCAAGGUGGUUUGAACGGGAUAUUGAUCGACGGAUUCCCAAGGUGCGAGGAGCAGCUUGCCUCGUGGUCGCAGUGGCCCUUUCAAGAACGCCUUCCGUUGGAGGGUCAACCUAAACCCGACAUCGUCUUGUCACUCGAUGUGACCAAAGAGAACGCAGAAGCGAGAUACCUCGCGCGUGGCCGCGACAAGAACGACAGCGGGGAGAAGUUCACGAAGCGGUUCGCAGAGUACUUGGAGGAAGGACCGCCUGUGGAACGACACUACCGUCAAGCAGGAUUGCUAGUUGAUAUCGACAGCAAUGGCACCAAGGAAGAAAAUAUCGCAGGGGUGGAGAGGACACUGGGAGACAGCGCAUUGUGGAACCGUGUGAUAGGCCAGGGUACGGAGUCGGUUUUCCUCGUAUCCCACCGGUGA